CCAACACACGCACGCGCGCGCGCACACAUACACACACCCUCGUUCUCUCCUCGACCUCGAUAGAAGGUUCCGCUCUCACAACAAUGGCGACUCUUCUCGCCGACCCUUCUCCUUCUCCGUCCUCCUCUUCGCUCAUCUCCCCACUCUCCCCUUCUCCAAACCCUCGCCGCCGCCACCUCCCCCUCCUCUCCUCUCCCGACACCCGAACCCUACGGAUAAGGCUUCGCCCUAAACCCUUCUCUCCCUUCUCCGUCGCCUCCCCCACAAGCCCGCCCCGUUGCCCCUGCUCCGCCGGAACCCUCGACGCCGAUCCCGCGUCGGAGGAGAACCCUAACCCUAGCGCGAGUUCCGGUGCGGCGGCGGGGGCCAAGGAGGGCGGCGGAUGGGACCGGCGUAGGGCGGUGCGGAUCGCGUGGGAGAAGCUCGUGCGCUGGUCUCGGUCGUGGCGCUCCAAGAACAACAGCGAUGUCCUCGAGAGGACCAGGAAGGUUGUGGUUCUUGGUGGCGGAUCUUUCGGGACGGCAAUGGCAGCACAUGUCGCAAGCAAGAAAGCAGAAAUGGAAGUCUCCAUGCUUGUUAGGGAUGCUCACAUUUGCCGAGCCAUCAACGAAAAUCACUUCAACUGCAAGUACUUUCCACAACACAAGCUGCCGGAGAAUAUUGUUGCAACAACUAAUGCAAAGGAUGCUUUAGCAGGAGCUGAUUUUUGCUUACAUGCUGUUCCGGUGCAGUUCAGUUCACCCUUUCUUGAAGGCAUUUCACAACAUGUUGACCCAAAGUUGCCAUUCAUAUCUCUUAGCAAAGGAUUGGAGCUUAACACUUUAAGGAUGAUGUCUCAAAUCAUACCGCACGCAUUGGGAAACCCUCGCCAACCUAUUAGUGUGUUGUCAGGACCCUCUUUUGCAGUUGAGUUGGUGAAUAAAUUACCAACAGCAAUGGUGGUGGCAUCGAAAGACAAAAAGUUGGCAAGUGCUGUUCAGCAAUUGUUAGCCUCUCCACAUCUGAGAAUCAACACAUCCGGUGAUGUUACAGGAGUAGAAAUAGCGGGUGCGCUUAAGAAUGUACUUGCAAUAGCAGCAGGUAUUGUAGAAGGCAUGCACCUUGGAAAUAACUGCAUGGCUGCCCUUGUCGCACAAGGCUGUUCCGAGAUACGAUGGUUGGCAACAAAGAUGGGAGCGAAGCCAACAACACUUACUGGCUUGUCAGGAUCCGGUGAUAUUAUGCUCACAUGUUUUGUGAACCUUUCACGAAAUAGAACUGUUGGGUUGCGCCUUGGUUCGGGAGAGAAGCUUGACGACAUAUUAAGCUCAAUGAAUCAGAUAGCUGAAGGUGUGUCAACAGCUGGGGCAGUUAUUGCAUUGGCACAGAGGUACCAUGUCAAGAUGCCGGUUUUGACGGCAGUUGCACGCAUCAUCGACAAUGAGUUAACCCCCAAAAAGGCCGUUCUGGAGUUAAUGAGCCUUCCACAGGUUGAGGAGGUGUAACAAGUCGCAAGAAAUUUUGAUGAGGAUCAUGUUGGUGUUCAAAGGUGACCAAAGAUACAUUUCCAUCGAGGCAAUUCUUGCUCCCAAUCCUUGCUUAUUCUUUGCUGGUCAAUUCGUUUCCCUGCGGCAUGACAAUUUGAAUGCAGAACAUUUAACUGAGAGAACUUCAUAAUAUUUAGGCCUGCCCCCAGAAAUUUUGAAUACCUACUACUUGGUUGAAUGCAUAGUUUUAUCCUUUCGUGUCUUUUUUUCAUU